AUGAGAGCCUCCACGAGGACCAACGUCACUAAUCGUUUGUUCGUCACCACUUUCCUGGUCGCCUUCUCGUCUGUUGCCUUAAGCUCUGCGUUGCCAUGUCCCGCCCAUACCCUAGAUAGUGACGCGCCUAUGGCUUCAGAUCGCCAAAAGGCCGAGCGCUCGGGUGACAGACCUGCGCCCUCGUCGUAG